AUGCACUCUCCUCUUUUGCUUCUCUUCUGGGUCACUUUCUUUAUCAAGAUCUUGACUUUCACUUCAUUGCCCACCAACAAUAUCACUCUCUAUGGUGAUGCCUACUUUAGAGACAAUGCCAUUAGCCUCACUCAAGAACUCACUUGCUUCUUUUCAUCUUCUUCCUCUUCUGGUAUUGGAAGAGCUCUCUAUCUAUACCCAAUUCGUUUUCUUGAUCCCACAACUAACACCACAGCUUCUUUUUCUUGUAAAUUCUCCUUUUCUAUAAUCCCCUCUCCAUUGUGUCCCUUUGGAGAUGGUUUCGCUUUCUUGGUCACCUCCACUGCUGAUUCUUAUACUCGUUCUAAGGGCUACAUGGGCCUUCCUGGACCCCAAGAUUCUUUCUUUGCUGUGGAAUUUGAUACAAGUUUUGACCCUUCACUUGGGGACAUCAAUGGUAACCAUAUUGGUAUUGACGUUAAAACGGCUAUAUCUUUUGCUUCUGUUGAUGCUUCUUCAGGAGGGAUUGAUCUUAAAAGUGGGAAUCAGAUUACAGUUUGGAUUGAGUACAAAGAUGCAUUGAAAUUAAUCAGAGUGUGGGCUGGUUACUCUCAGAUUAGGCCUCCAAGUCCACUUCUUGUUGUUCAAAUGGACCUCUCCGAGCAAUUCAAAGAGUAUAUGCACGUUGGUUUCUCUGCUGCAAAUGGGCAAGGCUCAGCAUUGCAUAUAAUCGAGCGUUGGCGGUUCAAGACAUUCGUUUCUUAUGCUUCUGUGAAUACUGUAGACAUGGUUGAAGAUGGGGAGUGUUUCAUGUGCUAUCCUGGGGAUUCAAAUUAUGAUAGCAGUAAUGUUAAUAUUCACAAAAGUGAAACAAAUGUAAGGGACAUGGCAUUUGAGUUUGGAGGAUUAGCCGCGUUUGGCUUCUCCAUAAUUGCCAUUGUUGGUGUGAUUAGUUUCUUUUUGAUAAGGAAGAAGAAGCAUGAUGGUAGAAGAAAUAAAGAAACACAAGCAUGUAAUGCACAGCCAAAUAAAGUGCCCAAACAAUUGUCACUUGCUGAGAUAAGAUCAGCAACAAUGGGGUUUCAUCAAGACAGAAUCGUUGGCGAAGGAGCAUCAGCGACUGUCUAUAAAGGGUCUCUCAGCUCCGGUGGAGCAGUGGCAGUAAAGAGGUUUGAAAGGGCUAAUUUGAUCGACUGUACGCGCAAUCCUUUCACCACUGAAUUCGCAACAAUGGUGGGUUGCUUGAGGCAUAAAAACCUGGUUCAGCUUCAAGGAUGGUGCUGUGAAGGAGCUGAAUUAGUCCUGGUUUAUGAAUACUUGCCCAAUGGAAGCCUCGACGGAAUCCUGCACACUAAUUCCCCUUCUGCAACUUUGCUUCCAUGGGAGAAAAGGCUAAAUAUUAUUCUUGGGGUUGCUUCUGCUCUUUCUUAUCUUCAUGAAGAGUGUGAAAGACAGAUAAUUCAUAGAGAUGUAAAGUCCUGCAACAUAAUGCUAGAUGCAGAGUUCAACGCCAAGCUUGGCGAUUUCGGAUUAGCAGAAGUUUAUGAACACAGUUGCAUCACAAGAGAAGCUACAAUCCCAGCUGGAACAAUGGGAUAUCUCGCCCCCGAAUAUGUUUAUUCCGGUGUUCCAUCAGAAAAAACCGAUGUUUACAGCUACGGAGUAGUGGUUUUAGAGGUUGCCACAGGGAGAAGGCCUGUAGAUAAUGAAGGAUCUCUGCUUGUUGAUUGGGUGUGGCAACAGUGGGAAAAAGGGAAGUUGCUUGAGGCUGCUGAUUUGAGAUUGAGAGGGAAGUUUAACAGGUCAGAAAUGCAAGGAAUGCUCAUGGUGGGACUGGCUUGUGUGCAUCCAAACCAUGAGAAGAGGCCUAGUGUGAAGGAAGCUGCAAGGAUUCUCAGAGGGGAAGCUCCAUUUCCUCUUUUGCCGGCGAAGAAACCGGCAGUGAACAUUGGUUCUGUUUUACCUGAGACUUUAAUGGAUUUUGGUGGAGAUCAGAGUCCUAGUAUGGAUGAUUCACUCUGGUUGACCCCCAGGAGCCGUUUCAACUGA